AUGGGGGCCUAUCUCCUCACCAUACUCCCUGCCAUUGGUUCUCUGUGUCCAGGACUGGGUGCUCUGGUUUGGUCUGGCUCACUCCCAGUGGCUGCUUGCUGGGGAUUGGUCCCCCUGGCUAGGUCGGGCCCCUUCCGGAGCAAGUCGCUGUAUGUCCAAAGGUUGUACGAAAAACUUGAGAGAAGUGUUGAUGAAGGAAAAGCCUUUAAAAAGUGCAUCAGGCUAACUGAACAUGAAGUUGACGACCACAAGAUUCUCCAGUUUUUAUAUGACACACCAAAACAAAAAGAUAUUAAGGUGUUUCACUUUGAUGUCACGUCCUCGGUGCAAAAGGGCCUGAAUGAAUUCAUAUUCAAGCUUUUCUUUUUGCGGUACCUGAUGGAUUCAAAUGGACAGAUGUGGCAAUGCAGCCAGAACCACUUAUAUGUUAUUGAGUUACUGGAGUCCACAAAUGAUCAGAACAGAUGUGAUACCAGAUUGGGUCGAAACGAAAAUUUUGCAUUCUCAGAUGUUUUCCCAAAGCUGUUUUGCCACCCACCAAAAAUGGUUAUGGCUUUGGAAAUGCAAAAAGAAGAAAAUCCAGACAUGGACUGUGGUGGCCCCCUGAUGGAUGAUGAAUGUUUCAGAAGUGAAGCUUAUCAAAGGCCAUACCAGUACCUCACACAUUUUCACAAUAAGGACAAUCUUGACAACUUCACGUUCCAGGGUACUGAAGGGACUCAUGCAAAGUGUCUUCAGAUACUCUUAAUCUAUUGUGGUAUAAUAGAUCCAUCAUGGGCAGAGCUGCGUAACUUUGUGUGGUUCCUUAAUCUUCAGUUGAAAGACUGUGAGAAUUCGGAUUUCUGCAAAUUUGAGUUGGUUGGAGACACUCUUUGUGGGUUCAAAAACUUUGUGGUUGAGUUCAUGAUCUUGAUGUCCAAAGACUUUGCAACACCAUCACUAUGCAUCACUGACCAGAGCCCAGGGAAGCAACAAGUUGACAUCAUGCCCGGAGAGUCAGGGAAAGAUUUCAUCAAACCCUCACAAGAGUGGGAUGAGGGUUUGCCGUUCAUCUCCAAACAUAACAACAUGUUUUAA